UGACCCGGCCCGCCGCCGCCGCCUAAUCCAGGAUUAAGUGUCGGAUUAGGACCGUGGGAUUAGGGGGAUCGGGCUGAGAAAUAAUCCGGGGCAGGCCGGCGCGGCGGCGGCUCACUGCCGAGCCGGGCGCGGUGCCGGACGGACGUGGUGCGCCAGCUGACGAUCGUGCCGGACGCGCGCCCCCUCGCGCCCUGUGUCCGCAGGCGUCCAUGGAGGAGGAGGCUCAGGGGGAGGCCAUGGCCACGGACGGCUGGAGCGCGGCCUGCCAGCGCGCAGAACUCUCCGAGAACAGCAACGAGCCGCUGCAGCUAACUAUGGCGACGCUGAAGAGGUCUGAGGAGGGCUGCAACGGCGUGGGCGUGGCCGGCGGGCCGCCGGGUCGCGGUGGGUCACCGACCGCACCCUCCGAGGUCACGGCCGGCGCGGUGGCACCGCUCUGCAGCACGACCUCAGUGACGAGCUCAGCUACCCUUCCGGUCCGCUUUGUGGUGGAGUUCAUCGACCUGCCGCCAGAUGUCAGGAGCGGCGGGCCGGCAUCCGUCGCAUCGAGGAUUACGCCAUAA